AUUUCCGUUGACAGAUUUAAAUGGUUCCAUGGUUGAGGCACACCUCCUCGAAAGGGACGCUAAGACUGGUCGUUAGGCUGGUAGCUAGAGACUAUUCUCUUUUUUGAGAUGCCUAUUGUAUCAGGUGUUAAGAAGACACAGUAAUAACAGUCCAACACCAGUUUUAGGACCUACAAAACAACACUUGGCAGUUAUGUCCUCGGCCAAGGAAGACACGUUAUCUCCAGAUGAGCUUAGGAAAAGACUCUAUCAAACUUUUAAAAACAAAGGAGUGCUAGAUACACUCAAAACACAGAUGCGGAAUCAACUUAUCCAGGAGUUAAAACACCCACCUUUGACUGGAGGAGAACCAGUCCCCAGACCAGUAACUGUGAAAUUUGAACCUCUUUUGGUCUCAGCCUGUAACAGCAUAGUGUCUGAUCAUCUCCGCACCUCAGGUUAUGAGUACACCCUAUCUGUAUUCUACCCUGAAAGUGGCCUGUGCAAAGACAGGGUUUUCACAAAAGGAGACCUUCUUCAGCUUCUUAAAAUUGACCCUGAAUCAGCCCUUUACAGAUCCCUGUCUUCAAACAAAGAUAACAAUGAUAAAGCAGGGUUCCUGAUCAGCCUUUUAACACAGCUAACGCACCAUUAUACUCACGGCCUGUGCCAUGAUGCUGACACUCAGACAACCGGCACAGCAAGUUACGGAGAGUCUCUUGUUGAGAAGAUGAAAAUGAUUGAUAAGGAAUAUGAGAGCUUCAAUUACAGUGGGGAAAAAUGGUUUUCUUUCCAAUCCAAACUGGCUGCCCAUAGAAAAGAAAUUGAAGCACAGAUGCAAGCAGAAAUGAACACAAAGAUGCAACAUUUUAAAGAUGUUGAAAUCGCCAAGGUGAGGAUGGAAGAAAAAGCAAAUUUUCAUAAAGAAUUUGGUAAGCUAAAGCAGGAGCUGGAGAGGACUUACGAGAUGAAGGCAAAGGCGUUGAUGGCGCGGGAGAAAAAUGCCAUUGAGCGACUACAAAAACAACAAGAGAUUGAAGAAAAAAAUGUGUAUAUGCAGAGACAAUCGGUCCUGAAAGAAAUUGAAACAGUGCGGAACAGAGAGAAUGAGCUGAGGAUGAGAAUCGAGGCUUUUGAAAAGACUUGUCAAAUUCAUGAGGAGAAGGUCAAGACCACUGAAGAGCUGCAGAGGAGGCGAGAACUGGCAGUUAAGACGAUGGAGGACACGCACGACCAAAGGCUGAAGAAUGAACUUUCCCGGUAUCAGCUUGAGUUAAAGGAUAGCUUUAUCAAGAGAACAGAAAAACUCACAGAGAAUGAGAACCAAAACAAAAUGGAAACUGUUCGUAUCCAAAAGGAGUCAGCUGUAAUUAAUGCCAAAUUAGAGGAGCACAGCAGAGCAUGUUCAGAGCUGAGACGGCUGCAGGUUGAGCUGGACACAGCACAGCAGCAGAUUUCUCUGAUGACUCAACAGAAGGAGCUGUUAAGGGAACGACUGGAGACCAUGAGUGACUACCCCAGCUUGAAAAGAGAGAAAGCAGAGCUGCAAGGCCAGCUGCGGCUGCUAAAGAAACAGCUGGAGGAGGCCCAAGAGGAGAACCGGCUUCUCCGUGCUGAUUUGGGCCAGCCGUCCAAGGAGCAGCUGGUGUUGCAGAUGGAGCUACGGAGGCUGCAGAGCGCUCGCAGACUGGAUGAGGAAGAGUUUGACAACCAGAAACAGGUGUUGCAGGCACAGCUCCAGAGUGAGGUGGAGCGGUGUGCUCAGCUAAAGGCUCAGUUGGCAAAGUGUGAGGAGAGGUCACAGUGGAUGACUAACCACAUUGAGGAAAUAAAGUUACAGCUUCGCCAUACUCAACAAGCUCUUGAAAAUGAAGUGCUGCGUAACCCCAAGCCCUCUCUUGUCGAUCGCUCAAUACUGGAGCUGAACGCUGACAAACUGGUUCCCCCUGACAUCUAUGUGGACAGAGCUCUGCUGAGGGCCAGGGUGGGUUAUGAUGAUGUUUGUGAAGCAGGUGGGCCCAUGCGAGGACACAAGUCGCCUUGGAAUGACUCUCCAGACUCCGACAUGGAGCUGGUAGCUGAGGCCAAGGCUCGGAUUCAGGAGCUGCAGGAGGAGGCUGAGACCUUAGAGGAAGCCUACAGGAACUACCAGCAGAGGGCAGUGCGCUCCACCAUCUCACACAUGCUUCCCCCAAGACCUCUUUCCCCACAACAAGCACAUCCUUCACAUCGUCCCGACUCUCCCCUGAGAAAACAAGUUUCUCACCAUUCACACACCCACUCCCCCCUCAAAUCAAAGGUCUCGCACAGGCCACCGUCUCCACAAACUACCAGAACCCCCUCCUAUGCACCCUAUGACACCAGAAACACUGUACCACCUUCACAACCAAGAGUGACCUUUUUAGAAGACCAUAGCCAACCCCAGUCCACAGCUUUCACUGACCACAGUCUCCAUUUGGUGACUGAAUCUCUGUUUAUAAGAGAUGGACACCCCCAGGAUGCAAGCAGCCCUCCACCCAGACGUCUGUCCUCCACAUCGCACUCCUCCAGGAAAAAGCAUCAAAGAGAGAUUGCCGAAGAUCAUAAUCUUUCUCCUAUGAGGAUAUUUCCUAACAUGAAGUCUUUGCAUCUGAUAGAAGCCGUUGCGUCUCCGAUUGCGUUCCCAGAGUUGUCGUUUGACAGACGGCUCCCUCGUGACCCCCGCGACGAGGUGGAGACCUCCGGUGACUUUUCCUCUGAGCUCAGUCCCCCUCGCAGUCCUCAGCUCAAGAGCACAGCACGAGACCAGUCCAGUCCACCAAAGCUGCACCCUGUGUUCUCCAGCUCGGAUUCUUCCCCACAGCCUGAGAAAAUAAGCCUAGAAGAUCUCACAGGGAUUUUGUCAGAGCCCGGCCACAUUCCAGAGCUUCUCCUGGACACUGCCGUCCCUCUCUCUGAGGAGGCCCCUGACGGCCCCGCUGUCCCCCGCCCACAGGACCUCCCAGAAGACCCGAUAGACUUGCAGGGCCAGUCGGAAGUCCCACAAGCCUCAGGUGAAUCUCCUAGGGAAGAAGAUGAAGAGGAUGAGGAGCAGAGGUGGGAAAGAGAGCGAAAGGAAAGACUAGAACAAAGGCAGAGGGAUCAAGAAGAAGCCAGAGAGAGGGAGCUGCAGGAACUUGAAAGACUGGAGAAAGAGAUGCUUUUGCAAGAGAUGGAGCAACCAGAACAGAGAGGAGAAGAAGAAGAAGUAGAAGAAGAAGAAACUAGAAUUAAGAAAGGAGCAGAUGAAGAGCAGAAGCGAGAGGCAGAUAAUGAUGGGAACGAGUCCAAAGGUGAAAAUCCAUUGGAGAAAUACAUGAAGAUGGUCCUGGAAGCCAGAGAGAAGCAGCAUGCACAGAGCCCUGGAAGAGAAGAAGUAGGACAUACGAGCCCAGAGGCCAAGAGUUUGUCUGAGGAGAAAGACGACAGCAUUGCAGCAUUUUCACACAAGGAUGAGGAGGAUGAUGAUUUCUGGUGAGCUGGUUGUUCCAGGCUGCCAUCGUGAACGGAUGAAUUAGCCUCUGUAUUCUUGGACAGUUUGUAACAACCCUGAAGCAUUGAUUGUUUUAUAUUUUUAGAUGUUGCUUUUCAGUAUGUAUAUUUGGCAGCAUUUUUACAUUAACUGCAUACGUUUUGAAUAAAUCAUAUUGGAUAUUU